UGGUUUAUCGUGAAUCAGACGGCCCGUUUUUGAACCCCCCCUUCGUCUUGCACUCACGGUGUUGCCUCGCUUCAGAGGCCAGCCGAAUUUGCUGCGUCUUCUUCCUUGACCACGGAACAGUUCAAUAACAAUUCCAAACCUGAGGGAACCAACCCAUCAACGUAACCCUUCUCUCUCUUUCAAUCGUGCCACUUUCACACCCACCAAAACAAUGGCUUCCACACCUCAAAUGCGCUAAAAUCCAUUUCCAUUUCCUUCCCUCAAAUCCAUGCACUCAGCAAUGGACUUCACCAGGUUCUCCUCUCCUAAAUCUCCCCCAAUAUUCACGCGCCCCCUCACCUGGGUUACCUCCACCGCCCUCCGCCACCAACCCCGCCACCUUCCUCCUCCACCAACCCCCCCGCCACCACCUCACCCCACUCCUCCGCCACCUCACCCCACUCCUCCGCAAACCUCUAACCACGCCCCUCUCACCCUUCUACCUUCUAUUCUAACCAACAGGGUUCUAGAUUCUUCCAAAUGUAAAUCCAUUUUGCCCAAUUUGUCCCCCCACGAAUUCGAUCGCUUAUUCUUCCCCAUUCACCACUCCGUUAACCCCAAAACGACACUCGACUUCUUCCGUUUUGCCGCUAGCCAUUUUAAGUUCCACUUCACCUUUCGCUCCUAUUGCCUCCUCCUUCGCUCGCUUCUCGCUUCCGGUUUUUUGCCGCGCGCCAGGUUUUUGCUCACUCGUUUGAUCGACGGCCACGUUCCGACGUCGUUUCACGACCACGAAAACAGGCUCCGCGAAAUAGCUUCCUCGAUGCUGGAGGUGAAUCAGGUUUCGGGUAAACGACACGGCGAAUUGGAUUUGUUGCUCCACAUUCUCUGCUCUCAGUACAAGAGUUUCGGCUUCCGUUGCGCUUUUGAUAUUUUUAUCAUGUUCUCGAAGAAGAGCAUUUUCCCGUGUUUGAAAACUUGCAAUUUUUUGUUGAGCUCAUUGGUGAAGGCCAAUGAACUUCACAAGAGUUAUGAGGUUUUUGAUGUCACUUGUCAGGGCGUUGUGCCUGAUGUUUUCACGUUCACCACAGCAAUUAACGCGUUUUGCAAGGGAGGGAGGGUUGGGGACGCUGUGGAUUUGUUCCGCAAGAUGGAGGAGCUUGGUGUUUCGCCGAAUGUGGUUACUUACAACAAUGUGAUUGAUGGGUUGUCCAAAAGCGGGAGGUUAGACGAGGCGUUUCGGUUUAAGGAUAGGAUGGUUAGGAGCAAGGUGAAUCCGAGUGUGGUGACCUAUGGUGCGCUCAUCAAUGGUUUGAUGAAGUUUGAGAAGUUUGAGGAGGCGAGUGAAAUGUUGGUGGAAAUGUAUAGCAUGGGUUUUACUCCCAAUGAGUUUGUGUUUAACUCACUGAUUGAUGGGUACUGCAGGAAGGGGAAUAUGAUUGAGGCAUUGAGGAUUAGGGAUGAGAUGGUAUUGAAGGGCAUGAAGCCUAAUUCUGUUACUUUUAAUACUCUUUUACAGGGUUUUUGCCGGAGCAAUCAAAUGGAGCAGGCUGAGCAGGUAUUGGGGUACCUAUUGUCUAGUGGUUUGUCUGUUAACAUGGAUGCGUGUUCGUAUGUGAUUCAUCAAUUAUUGGAAAAAUCUAGGUUGGAUUCAGCAUUAAAAAUUGUUAGAGAAUUGUUGUUGAGGAACAUCAAGGCUAGUGAUAGCUUGCUAACCCUCUUGGUCUGCGGACUUUGUAAAUGUGAAAAACAUUUGGAGGCGAUUGAGCUUUGGUUUAUGCUGGCAAGUAAAGGGCUUGCUGCCAAUACGGUGACCUCAAAUGCGCUUCUCCAUGGACUUUGUGAACGAGAGGGCAUGGAGAAAGUUUUCGAAAUACUCAAACAAAUGAUUGAGAAAGGUUUCGUCCUGGAUAGGAUCUCAUACAACUCACUUAUUUUUGGUUGUUGUAAAUGGGGUAAAAUUGAUCUAGCUUUCCAACUCAAGGAAAAGAUGGUUCAGCAAGAAUUCCAACCAGAUACAUAUACCUACAAUUUCCUAAUGAAAGGGUUGGCUGAUAUGGGUAAGAUAGAUGACGUUCAUAGGCUUUUGCAUGAAGCCAAAGAAUAUGGCCUAGUUCCCAAUGUAUAUACACAUGCACUUUUAUUGGAAGGAUAUUGUAAGGCUGAUCGGAUUGAAGAUGCUGUGAAAUUGUUUAAGAAGUUAGUUUAUGAGAAAGUAGAGCUAAGUUCUGUUGUAUAUAACAUACUUAUUGCAGCCUACUGUAGAGUUGGGAAGCUGAAGGAAGCUUUUGAACUGUGUGAUGCUAUGAAAAGUGGGGGCAUGCCUCCUACCUGUGCCACAUAUUCUUCUCUAAUACAUGGAAUGUGCUGUAUUGGCUGUAUGGAUGAAGCAAAGGAAACUUUUGAAGAAAUGAGAAAUGAAGGCUUGCUUCCAAAUAUAUUUUGUUAUACUGCUCUAAUUGGUGGUUACUGUAAGUUAGGUCAGAUGGACAAAGUGGGGAAUAUAUUAAUGGAAAUGUCUUCAAACGGUAUACAACCUAAUAAAAUUACUUACACUAUUAUGAUUGAUGGAUAUUGUAAAUUAGGAAAUGUGAAAGAGGCGACAAAACUUUUAAAUCAGAUGAUAAGAAAUGGAAUAGCUCCAGAUACCAUCACUUACAAUGCACUGCAAAAGGGAUAUUGCAAGGAAAGGGAGCUAGAAGUUACUUUACAGAGUGAUCAUAUAUCUAACACGGGACUACAUUUGGAAGAAGAAAUUACUUAUGACACAUUGGUUCACAGGUUGCAUCCACAUACAGUAGUUAUCAAUAAAAAAUGAUGAGGAAACUUCUCAAACUUUUUUGAUGCUUAGUUGAUGCUAGGGCGUAUAUGGUUAAGCCUGUCAUUGUUUAGUUUGAUUCUAAAACGCUAGCUAUUUGUAAGAUGAAGUUUCAUAUGCUUGAUAUCUAGAUGCGUGAAGGACUAGCAACAACUAAAGCAGCAUGCAAGAACUUGGCUUCGUAGUUAAAAAAGGAGUCAUGCAUUUUAGAGGUGAUAUGUGGCAAUCCACUCGUGCCAGUGGCAGACUUACCCUAAUAUGAUGGGAACAAGAGGAUUGAUAUAGCCAAAUGGUCAAAUCGAUAUCUUAUCCAUCUUUUCCGUUUGCUGGUCUGCUCUGAACCUGUCAUAUAUCUCAAGGCAUUGUCCGGAUGGCAAACCUCAGGGGUAUUGGAGACAAAUAGAAGACUUGAAGGAAAGCCGGCAGGGAAUCUUCAAUAGUAAACAUGGUAUAUUUACUUGACCCUCAGCAUGGCAAUGACGAGCAUGACAUGUCAGAUAGAUAUAUCGUUACAGCUAGAGAAAAAUGUUCAAUCUGGGAAAUGGUAACUAUAGUUUUAUUUGCUCUUUUAAUUUUAACCAUGAUUUUAUUUAGUUUGUUUUCCCAACCACCAUCACCAACUACCCCAUAAAUUACAAAAAGAAAAUAAUAAGAAAUUCAACGAACAGGAAUUCAUAUCCACCGAAUGAUAUUGCCAUACUUAGGGCAGGGGGGACAUGAUUUAGAAAAAAGACUACUGGAAUAAUGCAUAAACUAUAUUUGAAGUUUAUACAGGACAAGUGGAGACACUUUCUAGCUUGAAUGUACGUGUUGUUGGUGGCAAGAUAACUGGGUGGAUUUGGAAGCUUCAAGAUGCCCCUGCAUUUAAGGAACAUAUGAUUUUGAUGAUUGGUGGCUAGCAAACUUACAAUUUGGAGGUGACGACUCAGGCUCUGGUAGAUAGAGUUUUUAAGUAUUAAAUUUAUCAAUUUAACUUGGCAAAUGGCCUUUUGGUUCCACUUCAUUAACUUAUCAUAUUCGUUAUCAGAUGGUUCCCCGUCUGAGGCCCUUUCUGAAUAAGGCCGGAAGAA